CUUGAUUGUUCUAAGCAACCAUGCUAUCUUUGCGCGAUCUAUGCAUCCUACCACGAUGACCUGGUUGCUCUUAUUGAUUUCUUGCGUCCUUACAGCUGGAUUGCUUCUUUCUCGCCGUUUUCAGUCGAGGUCGCUGCCACCAGGCCCUCCUGGACAUUGGCUAUUCGGGAAUGAUCUUCCCAGGAAACGCGCUUUCUUGAAAUACGAGGAAUGGACGAGGGAGUACGGGCCUGUCUUCUCGCUCAAGAGGUUUGGAAAGGUGUAUAUUGUGGUUGGUCGAUACGAUGCUGCUGUGGAGAUCAUGGAGAAAUGCGGGAUGCAGACUUCGGACAGACCACGGGCUAUUGCUGCCUCUGAAACGUUUUCUGGGGGUCUUAGGCCUAUUCUGCUGAGCGAUACGCCGAGGUGGAGGGCUUUGAAUAGGGCAUUGCACUCGCAUCUGAAGACGAACAAAGCUAUGGCUUACGAGCCCAUCCAGUUCUAUCAUGCGAAGAAAUUGAUUCUUAAUGUUCUUGACGACCCGGAAAGGUUUACGCCGCACACCAAGAUAUAUGCAGCGUCUGUGAUUCUUACCCUGACGUAUGGGAAGACGACGCCUACGACUUUCGAUGAUCCUGAUCUCCAGCAAAUGCUUCGAGAUGCGGAAAGGUUUCGCAGGGCCAUUCUCCCGGGGGCGUACCUCGUGGAUACGUUUCCUGUUCUGAGAUGGGUUCCUGGGUACCUUGCAGAGCUGAAGAGGUGGCAUCGAGAUUCGCAGGCGUUGUGUCGUCGAUGUUUAGGGGGUGUUCAGGAGAGAAUGGCCAGUGGGGCAGAAGUUCUGGGCUGUUUCGCGAAGGAUCUCUUGGAUAAAAAGAAGUUGUCAUUUGACCAGGCGGCGUUUCUUGCUGGUUCGAUGUUUGCUGCUGGAUCUAAUACGACUGCGUCUGCGAUGGUGUUUGUUAUCAUGGCCGCUGCCUGUUUUCCUGAUGCGGCAAAGGUUGUACAAAAAGAAAUCGAUGAAUUGGUUGGUCAGGACCGAUGCCCGACAUUUGAAGAUCGAGAGCGACUCCCGCAAGUGAUGGCAUUCGUUUCUGAGUGUUUUAGGUGGCGACCGUUGUUCCCAAGCGGCAUCGCUCAUGCCGCGUCGGAAGAUAUUGUGUGGCACGACUAUAUGAUUCCUAAAGGGGCUACAAUUAUUGCCUCGCCUUGGUCCAUCUUCCAUUCCACUGAUGUUUUUCCUAAUCCCGAAGAUUUUGAUCCUCAGAGAUGGAUCGUUGAUGGGAAGGUGAGAGAGGACAUCAGGCAAUUCGUUUAUGGAUUCGGUCGGAGAGUUUGUCCUGGAUCGCGCGUUGCGAAUAGGUCGCUAUUCAUUAAUGCGGCGCUUCUUUUGUGGGCUUUUGACAUUCUUCCUACUGAAAGGAUUGAUACUAUGGCUUUUGCUGAUGAGCCGGGUAUGCAUCCGGGAAGUUUUGGAGUGCGUUUUGACUUGCGGGUGGGGAGGGAGAGAGAGGACUGGGUCCGGUCGUUGAUGGCCAAAUGAGCGCUAGAGUUCGGGGAUAACCGUUUGAAUAAUGAAAAAGAGUAGUGUGUAAAUGAAAAAAAAAGAGCUCAAUAGCAAUUUUCGCUGUAAGAAGAGGAGGGCGGAGAUAAGACGUGUAUUGUUUGUACAUUAUGGAGUAAAAAGUCCGACUGGGUCAUCAGGAUUCUCCCUUGUCU